UUAGAUUCGCAAGGAUAAGGGCUGCUUUCACAAGGGAAUAAACUUCUCCCAGCCUCCCUUUCGACAGCCGUGCAUGCGCACUGUGGCCAGUCUGGCCUGAAGAUGGCGGAUCCUAAUGUUGUGGGCAGUGGAUCGUUGGGCUCCGUGACGCGCUCCUCCGGGGGCAAGACCUCCACCAGCCCCGCGGAGAACUACUACCUCGCUCGGCGGCGCACCCUGCAGGUGGUGGUCAGCUCGCUGCUGACCGAGUCCGGGUUCGAAGCCGCAGAGAAGGCUGCUGUGGAGUCUUUGACGGAGAUGAUCCAGAGCUAUAUCUCGGAAGUGGGCCGCUGUGCCAGGGCGUACUGCGAGCACACUGCCAGGACGCAGCCCACACUGUCGGAUGUGGUGGUCACUCUUGUGGAAAUGGGCUUCAACGUGGACACGCUGCCCAUCUACGCCAAGCGGUCGCAGAGGAUGGUCAUCACUGCACCUCCUGUGACGAAUCCUCCGGUCAUCCCCAAGGCGCUGACAGCCGGGCAGAAACGUUUGCAUCCGUCCCACAUCCCUGGCUACUUCCCUGACUUCCCCGACCCCCAUACUUACAUCAAGACACCGACUUUCCGGGAGCCGGUGUCGGAUUACCAGGUGGUACGGGAGAAGGCAGCAUCACAGCGUCGGGAUGUGGAACGUGCUCUCACGCGCUUCAUGGCCAAGACCGGAGAGACGCAGAGCCUCUUCAAGGAUGACAUUUCCACCUUCCCCUUGAUCGCUGCCCGGCCCAGCUCCAUCCCCUACCUGAAUGCCCUGCUCCCCUCCGAACUGGAGCUGCAGCAGCUGGAAGAGACAGACUCCUCCGAACAGGAUGAGCAGACGGACAACGAGAACGCCUCCGUCAAUAUCAGCAAUGACGAGUCAGGGGCAGACAAGGAAAACUCAGUGUUGCCACAGGGAGGCGCUCUGCCCACGGUGAAGGCUAGUGAGGAGAAUGUGAUCGACAACCCUUACCUGCGACCCGUGAAGAAGCCAAAAGUGCGGAGAAAGAAGUAAGGCCAGGCACGAAACUGAGAGCCAGAGACCUCGACGGCACUCCUGCCGCAGGGCCCGCUGAGCCAAGGACAGGGAGCAGUGGGGUGAGAGGCAGCACUUCGCCCAUCCCCAGUCCUGGUGUUAGGAAACAACCUCCAUCAUGUUGCGUUACUGAAGAAGGGUUAAACAUGCCCCCAGAAAUGAUUGAUAAAACCCCUUUUUAUCUAAAUAAAGCACAUCACUCAUUUGUAGCCCCUUUAAAAAGAAACGGAGUUCAGGUUUCAGUAAUUUUGUUUUUGCACAUGAAAUGCUACUGAGGAAACCCCUGGGGAGCAGCCCGGCAUUCUUUCUCAGAGCUUUAACUUAGUGGUGUGUCCUCACAGCACACGGGUGUCCCUUGGCGCCGAAGCUUACAAGGCACAGCUUUCUCCAUCAGCAACAGUUCUUGCAGUGCUGCUGCAGUUGUAUUUUUAUUCAACUGCUGUGUGAUGGCAUUUGGGUUUGAAUUCUCCUUGGCGGUGUCUUGGCGUGUUUUUGCUGAGAACCCUGGUCGCGAAUAGUGGUGGGAGUUGGGAGAGAGGACUGUGCUGUGCCGCCACGUUUGUGUGAAUUUAGAAAACAAGGGCGGCGGUGCCCCGCUCGGAUCAGGGCGAGGUGUGCAGUUUCACUUCUUUGUAACUACAGGAGGAAACAGGCAGCCACUUUCAUCACUUACAUGGAACAGUUUGGCCCAGUUGUGAAGCUCUUAAGCUUCUUGUUUCUGCCAAAAUCUUAUCUUGUGUUAAGUUUUGUCUUUUCAGAGCUGUGUAAAUAUAUAUUUCUUGUUUAUUUUUUCUGAUUUGAAAAUGUCUUUUUUGUAAUUUGAUUAAAAAGCUAAA